AUGGGCCAUAAUUCUGCUUCCUCGGAUUCCAACGCCACCGAGGCUUCCGUCGAGUUCGCGAGCAUCGCCAACGCCAACUUCGAGCUCGGGGGAUUCCAUAACCUCCUCGAUCGUCAAGAACCCUCCACGGCGACUAGCAGCGCAUGCUUGUGCUGUCAGAAUGUCACCGCAACUGUCCCCCUUCUCCACCGCUUCCCGAUCCCCAAGACCCGACGUCACGUCGGCGCUGCCCACCGUCGCGACCUACGAAUGGGCUUCCACUGUCCUGAUCCCGGGCCAUCCUGCCCCGUCCGAGCACAUCCCCCAGAGGACGAUGGCGAAGACGGUCUUGCCCGGCGUGGUCCCGACGACGACGUUGCCCAAACUCACCUGACCAACCCCCAGACGUGGGCUCCCAGCCAGUUUUCCUGGUGGAAAAAGGUCUACAACGAGGUAAGGUGGAGAGGUGCUGCUGGCGGCCCUGUGGUCAAGCACAGGGAAAAGCUCGACCCUGCCAUCAAUAAUUAUCUCUACGGCUCGCAUGCUGUCUUCUAUACCUUUGACGACAAGAUGGAGGAUGACAAGCCCUCUCCUGCCAGCAAGGGCCUCGUUGGUGGCGUGAACCCCAUCUGGGGCUGCACCGGAAUUCUCAUCGCCACUGACAAGGGAGUCUACACCGCGCACAUCUGGGAGGUGCCCACCUUCAAGGGUGUCGGAUUAGAGGUACAGACUCAGAAAGAGGCCGACCUCGAGUGGGACCUUCGAUCCCGAGACGAGGGGUGGAUCACCGUCCACGUCUGGACGCCGUUCGACCCCUACCACACCAACCAGCCGCGUUUCCGCCCCCAGAUCCUUGCCCUCGAGAAGGAGAUCGCCGGUCAUCUUCGCAUCUCUGAAGCGAGCAUCCAGCGUCAUCUCUACGCCCGAAAAGCGCCCCUCGACGGCUUCGGCGAACGCAUGGAUCCUCACAUCUACUACAGCAACAACCCUGGUACCGCCUUGGUCGUAUUCCAGUACGCACCAGAGGAGACCAAGGCUGGUGCCGGCGAUACGCUGCCCGGAGAUGCGGCCAACAUCGCUGCCCGCCCCCACCCGUUCGAGAAGCCCGAAGACCCCAAGAUCCCGAAGACCGAAAUCGGCGACGAAAAGACGCCGGAGCCGAUGAGGGCGCUUCGCAUCUGGUUCGACAAGAAGCCGGUAGAGACCAAGCUUUGGUGCAUCCCGGGACGGAAUUGCCAUCCCAUAUGCGAGGCCGAGCACAACGUUCGCGAUCGCGCACAGGCCGAAGCUGGCCCGAGCGGCUCGGGACCGGCUCUGAUGGAACGCGCCGGCCUCUUCCGCCGUUACGAUUUCCGCAGGAUUGGAUUCGAGGGUCUGUUUGGCGAUCAACUCAGCAUGCCGGGAGAAGGCUCCGCCAGCACGCGGUGGUGGACCGCCAUGUCUGACAUGGUCAAGAUGUUUGGAGCGGUUGGCCGUCCCCUCGGAGUCCAGUCCACGGAUCACUACGCCCCCGACGACGCCAUCUUUCGACCACUCGGCGACGAACCGGUGGGUGGCGGUUUCGGGCCCCUCAGCGGCUGCACGGGUGUGUUCAUUGCUACCCGCCGAGGCGUGUACGUGGCUCAUCUUUGGCAGCGUCCCAAUUUUGUCGAAGCCAGAGAUGAGCUCCAGAGAACCUUUCCGGAUCUCUACUCGGACCAGGACAAGGUUUGGAAACGCCGGGUGACUGCUCUCUUUAACGAAGGCACUACUCCGAUCGUGGAGUGGGGCACCCAGGGGGCAUCCCUGAAGAAGCUCGUGGCCGAAGAGCUCAAAGCGCCGCCCGAAGACAGCGACGACCUCUUCAUGGCCAUCAUCUUCACCCCGGACCAGGCUUGGAGCGAGGUGGAGGCCGGCCAACAUAAUAAGCCGAAGCACCCUGCUGCGGUCGACCGGUUGCGCCAUGAGCUGGCCGACAUUCUCGAGAUCCCGGCCGACAAGGUUUACGUCCACACCUACUUCAAGAGGGAGGGCCAAGCCGCGAUGGGAGGCCAACUGACGCUGACCAACGAGCAGUAUUUUGCGCAGAACCCCGGCUUGAGCCAGCUCGUUUGGCACUAUGCGCCCGCCCAAGUCCCGACGCUGAUGACGGGCCGCGACACCGUCCGAGCUCUGCGGGUGUACUGGAACCGGAAGCAAUUCUUCUACGACGAGUGCACCAGCACGAGCCCCAUUGCCGCGGCGACGAAUUUCCCUUGGAAGGAUCCCGACUUCGAGUUCGACUGCUUCUCGCGAACGCUGCCCGAGAACAAUCUCGCGCGCCGCGCUGAGGGAGAUUAUGCCAACGAUUACGAAGACUGUGGCAUCUGGCGACCGUACCUCUCGCAGCCAAACCUCUGGGCCGGUGGCGUGGACGACUGGUGGAUCAAGAUGAAGGAGCUAGUCGACAAGAAGGGCGCGCAGCAAGGCAUCGGGUACGAGAUCCCCGACGACUACGCCUCGGACCACUCGAGUCUGCGCGUGUUCGGCAACUACCCUCUGGGCAGCGGCAUCACCCCCAUGUGGGGAUGCACCGGUAUCUUCGUGCGCCAGGAGCACCACCAGUACGAGUACGACGACGAGGAGGCCCUGUGGGAGCGGCGCGUCGGCCGGCUCCUACGCACGGGCAUCAAGCCCCGGCGCAACGACGGCGUCCUCCCCGAGAUAAAGCCCCUUAAAGCCUACACCGAGUCCGGCCAGCCGUUUGACCCGCACCUCCGGCGCUUCCUCAAGGUGCUGCUCAUUACCCCGGGCGCCCAGACGCGCAUCCCGUCCCCGAUGCCCCGCUACAAGGACAAGGUCGACCGGCUGCGCGAGGAGCUCGCCGCGCUGCUGCACUUUGAUCUGGACCAGAUCAAGACGCUGACGUACAUGGCGGCGCAGUACAUGGCCUUCCGCGAGGACAUGAGCAACGGCAUGGACGCCUUCUUCGACCGCCACCCGGGCGUGCAGCUCGGCGCUUUCCAGUACGCGCCGACGGAGCUCUCGCUACGGAAAUCGCCCGAGGGCGUCGACAACCCCGCGUGGUCCGCGCCGCCCGCAUCUGGUGGAGCAAGCACAGCGUCGGCCGCGUCGAGUGGUGCCCGCCCGUGCCUGGCGGCGAUCGCGGCGGCCAAAUCAUCACCCGCGAUGGCCAGCUCUGUCCUGGGGAUCCCGGCUGGGACCUUGACGUGGAUCGGGGUCGCAGCCGACCGGCGGCGACUCUGCGCAUCCGCCUGCGCCCGUGACCAGCGCAGGCCCUGUCGCAGAGCCGAGUGGUGGUGGCGCCCAGGACACGGAGCCUAUGCCGGAGCCUACGCCUGCGCCAAGCUCCUCGAGUCCCGCGCCUAG